AUGAGCGGCACAUCGUCCUCCUCCAAUGUGGUGGGGGUCCACUACCGCGUCGGAAAGAAGAUUGGCGAGGGCAGUUUCGGGGUCAUCUUCGAGGGCACCAAUCUGCUGAACAACACCCAAGUCGCCAUCAAAUUUGAGCCGCGCAAGAGCGAUGCUCCACAGCUCCGCGAUGAGUACCGGACAUACAAGAUCUUGGUUGGAUGCCCUGGCAUUCCCAAUGUCUACUACUUUGGACAGGAAGGAUUGCACAACAUCCUGGUGAUUGACCUCCUCGGUCCCAGUCUGGAGGACCUCUUCGACCACUGCAAUCGUCGCUUCUCCAUCAAAACGGUCGUCAUGGUCGCCAAGCAGAUGCUGUCACGCGUGCAGACCAUCCACGAGAAGAAUCUCAUCUACCGCGAUAUAAAGCCCGACAACUUCCUCAUUGGUCGACCCAACACCAAGGCCCAGAACGUGAUCCACGUUGUCGACUUUGGCAUGGCCAAGCAGUACCGCGAUCCCAAGACCAAGCAGCAUAUCCCCUAUCGAGAGCGCAAGUCCUUGUCUGGCACUGCACGAUACAUGAGCAUCAACACGCAUCUGGGACGAGAGCAGUCGCGGAGAGACGACCUGGAGGCCCUAGGACACGUCUUCAUGUACUUCUUGCGCGGAGGACUUCCAUGGCAGGGUCUCAAAGCGGCUACGAACAAGCAGAAAUAUGAGAAGAUUGGAGAGAAGAAGCAGACCACGGCCAUUAAGGACCUGUGUGAGAGUUUCCCGGAGGAAUUCAACAAAUACCUCUCGUAUGUGCGCAACUUAGGCUUUGAGGACACACCCGACUACGACUACCUGCGCGAUCUCUUCACCAAGGCUCUGCAGAGCACUGGCGAGGUCGAAGAUGGAGAAUACGAUUGGAUGAAGCUCAACAAUGGCAAGGGUUACGACGUACCGCAGAUCUCACAACGACCUUCUGCAGGCGGUGGAAAUCGUGAGCACGGAAACCCUUCGAACCAGGACAUCCAUCGCGCCAACCGCGCAUCCAAUGUGCCGCAGGUUGACAAGGAAAAGCCUCUUCCCAGCAAACCCGGCGCAGUACGCCAACAACCAGCACAGAGAACGCAACCUGCGCGAAGGCCGCAAAACGCUGCAGACCCCGCUAAGCGCGGAAGUGGUAUGCAACUAGAGACUCCCGACCACCGUAGUACCGCCGCACAGUUUCAGAACAGCAGAGCGGACCUCACGCAGCCCGCGCGACCUCAGCAGCAGCAAGCACCUCCACCGGAAGUGAAGGAGAGCCCAUUCAAGAAGUUCACAAAGGCCAUAUGCUGUGGGUAG